AUGGGAGAAGUCCUUGAUCAGAGCCAGACACAGUCAAAUUGUAUUCAUACUGCACAAAAGUUUGAUGGGGGAAAUAAUGUGGGUGGUAGUGUUGUGGCUUCUGAUAAUGCAUUGGACAGUGAGUCAUCACAAUAUGAGGAACACUUAGACAACUCGACUUUAGAUGAUGAGUACUNAUAUGUUGAACACACCAAAGGAGAAGUCCUUGAUCAGAGCCAGGCACAGUCAAAUUGUAUUCCUAUUGCACAAAAGUUUGAUGGGGGAAAUAAUGUGGGUGGUAGUGUUGUGGCUUCUGAUAAUGCAUUGGACAGUGAGUCAUCACAAUAUGAGGAACACUUAGACAACUCGACUUUAGAUGAUGAGUACUUCGAUGACAAUGAGUAUGAUUUGGAUGGAGUACAACUGCAUGAUACAAUGGUUGAUGAAGAUGUGAGACUAAGGAAUGAAAUAGAAAAAAGGGAAGUGGUUGGUAAUGGCACUGGAAGAAACAAAAGGAAAUGGGUUGAGAAAGAUAAUACAACAACAAUGAGUACUGCUGAAGAGAAUAUUAGUGAAGAUUGUGAUUCAGAUGAACUAAGAGGUAUUCCUAUGACGCCCAAAAAUCUGGGUGUCCGUAAUUACCUCGUUAAUCACCCAUCAAUUCGUGGAAUACCCGUGGAUACCAUAUAA